CAGUUUGAUGGGCCAUACUAUUUACUGAUUGACAUAAUGUAGUCUAUCUACACCUAAACCUUUUCAUGUUUCAUUUGUAGGCUAUACUGUUUUUGUUUUAGAACUCUGUUAGACCUACAAACGUUUUUCUCUGCCGGUUCAUGUCAUUUUAUAGGCAUUACUCACCAAUUAUCAUCAGCCUGAUUUCUUUACACUGAACUGUUGCAAAACCAGAGGAAGUCUACACAGCUAGAUAUGUUGGAUGUUCCCAAAAGAAAAGGGUGUGUCAAUAUCUGCAGCCAUGCCGUCUGAGUUGGAGCGUUCCAUGGAGUCCCUGAUCAUGGUGUUCCAUCGCUAUGCUGAAAAGGAUGGUGACGGCAACACACUGAGCAAGAAGGAGCUCAAAGAGCUGAUGAAGACAGAACUGGCCAGCUUCCUGAAGUCCCAGAAGGACCCAGCCGCCAUAGACAAGAUCAUGAAGAAUCUGGACCAGAAUGGUGAUGGGAAGGUGAGCUUCGAAGAGUUUGUCUCCCUGGUGGUGGACCUCUCCAUCGCCUGUGAACAGAUCUACCAGCUCCACAUCAUGAAGGCUGCCGCUAAGAAGUGAGGGAGGACAGGACAA